UUAUAGUGUUUGGACGUGUCAAAUCUUUUUUAGUGAACGACAACGACGACUCCACUCUAGGUGGCUGUGUGUGGUGGUAGUUUAACAUUCCAAUUCUCAUUUGAAUUUUUCUUAAAAAAAAGAGCGAGGAGAAUAGUUGGUGGAACAAAAACGAAACAAAGAGUGGAGAGAGAGAGCCAACAUAAAAAUCCAAGUGUAUUUGUUACACCUGUGUGAAUACAGUGUGAAAUGGAAUAGACAAAACAAACAUUGGCAUUUUUGUUUUUGGUGUAUACGUGUGAUUGUGAACAGAAAUUAACAAAGAAACGGUCAAAACAAAACAAAAAAGAGAACAACAACAAUAAAACAAACUAUCUCAUCAAUUCCAUUGUAAUAAGGCAGUGACGUUAUCGGAGUGAACUAGAAUUUUGAUAUGAAAAUGAUUGGCAGUGAUUAUGUUUUGGAGGCUCAUAAUAUCUUUCACACCACCGAGGUUGAUGGUGGUGGCUGCUUUAAUGGGGCCGGCAGUUCUGCCUUAGUCUUAAAAGGUGUUAAUUUAACCGUUCACAGUGGCGAAGUUAUGGCCAUCUUGGGAUCCAAAGGCAGCGGCAAACGUGCUCUGCUCGAUGUCAUUGCACGCCGUGCCGAGGGUUCAACCAGAGGUCAAGUCUUGCUAAAUGGUUCUCCAUUGACCAAGGCAUUGUUUCAACAACGUUGCGGCUAUGUUACCCAGUCGUGUACCUUUAUACCAGGUCUAACAGUGGCUCAAACCCUGCACUACACUCCCACCAUUCUUUCAGGCUAUUUGAAGAGUUCAAAAGUACGACAAGUGUUGGCCGAUUUGGCAUUAUCUCAGGUGGCACACAAGCGUGUUGAAUAUUUAAAUAUGAGCGAAGCCAGACGUUUGUCGAUUGGCGUACAAUUGGUUAGAGAUCCGGUUAUGUUACUUCUGGAUGAACCCACCCAAGGGUUGGACCCGCUCAGCGCCUAUUUGCUCAUCUCAAUUCUAUCGAAUACAGCGAAAAAGACUGGCUGUGGCAUUCUCUUGUCUCUGGAGAAACCACGUUCAGAUGUUUUCCCUUUUUUGGAUCGUGCAUUGUUCCUGUGCCUGGGAGGAGUUGUUUAUUCGGGCGGUACUCGUGCUAUGUUGGAAUAUUUCCAUGGCAUUGGUUUUCCAUGCCCACAGCUGGAGAAUCCUCUGAUGUAUUAUUUAUGUCUUUCCACCGUGGAUAGGCGUAGCCGUGAUCGUUUUGUUGAAUCAAGUCAACAAAUCGAAGCUUUGGUUGAGAGAUUUUCACGUGAAACACCGCUGUCGGAUGGUCCGGUAAAUAAUAUGGGCAGUGGAAAAGUGCCGUUGGCCUAUGGUAAGCCGGGCGAAUUGAAGGUUUGGGUCAUGCUGUAUUUAAAAUUACUGGCAUCGACAUUUUCGUGCGGUACCUCCGGAAUGAAAACAUUAUUUUUACGUUUAUUUAUUCUACCGCUGGCCAUGGGACUUAUGUGGCUGUUCUACACUAAUGUGGGGGAUGACUCUCAUGGUUUCUUCAGCAAAAACGGAUUAAUAUUGAAUAUCUUGGGCUUGGCAUAUGGCUGCGGUAUAUUGACCACAAUAUCCCUCUUUCCCAUUUGGCGUAAACGUUUUUCACAGGAUACACCAGAGGGUCUAUAUUCAGGAGCCACACUGUUGAUAGCCUACAAUUCGGUUUCGAUACCAUUUUCCUUGAUUUCAGCUGUAAUAGCCAGCCUGGUUAUAUAUCCUUUGCUCUUGGAUUCCAAAUUGCCCAAUGGUACCACAUUUGCAUAUUUGCUGGUGGCUUUAUGGUCAAGUUAUGUAUUGGCCGAACAAUUGAGCAUUGCAUUUUUGUUGGUUGUGAAAGUUCCAUACAACGCCGCCAUUGCUGUUACCUACAUUUUGGUCAUAUCCAUUGCCUUGGCCAGUGGUACUGUGCGCUCCUUCAAAGGCCUUCAACCUUGGCUACAGGAUAACACUAAGGGCACUCAUACCCGUUAUGCCUCAUCUCUGCUGCACAGUAUUACAUUCCAGACACGAAAUAUGAACUGUACCCCAACGGCUUCAGUUAUAUGUCCAAAGCCAGCGGAUUUCUUACACGAACGUUUGGGAUUGGCCGAUCCAGAUGAAACAAUUGAUGUUGUGGCUUCGUGUGCUUUUGCCAUUGGCUUGGCUGCAUUCAACAUGCUGCUCUACAUGUUCCCAAUGCCACGCUGCGUUCGACAAAAGUUUAGACUCUGAUGAAAUGAAAAUUGAAAUGCUCUGAAAUAUUUGCUUCAAAAAGAUAUUAAAAAUAUUUAGUUUUAAGUUAAUUAUUUAAAAUAAGAUUAAUAAAAAAUACAAAUAAAAACAUACAAC